AUGGCAUCCAAAUUGUUUGUAAGUAAUUUCCCAGAAAGCUACUCGGAGGAGAACAUAAAUCUAAUUUUUAGUCCUUUUGGAGAGAUAAGAUCCAUCAAGAUUUUGAGAGAGCCUAGGAUGUUUUCGAUUGUUGAAUUCAGAGAUCCCCUAGAUGCAAAAGCGGCAAUUGAUUCUCUAAAUGGCAGAAGGCUACAUGGAGAAGGUUUAUCAUUGCAUAUAGAAAUGGCUUUUGAUAGAAAAAGAAGAGUAAUAGUCUCUGGAAUUCCUUCGGAUUCAUCGAGCGAAGAGCUUAUGAGAUUUUUCCAGUACUAUGGGCCUAUUGAAAACAUCACAUCUUCCGAUCACCCUCAAACAAUUUUUAUUGACUUUUUGUCUCAUAAAGAUGCUGAAAUGUUUCUCGAACUCAAUCAGAAAAUAAGCUUUGGAAAAGAAAAGGACAGGCUCUCCAUUAAGCCUUUUACCAAAAGAGAGCGAAGAGAUCAUAUUUCCAGCCCGGAAAGAAGCAUUUUCAUAUACAACCUCCCGUCCAAAACAACCAAAACAGACCUCAAUGAUUUGUUUACAAAGUUUGGAGAGAUUCAGUCUCUAGGGAUACUAAGUGGAGGAAAAGCAUUUGUUAAUUAUGAAAGAGAAUUGUCAGCCCUAAAAGCAAUCAGGCACAUGGAUGGGAAAAUCGUAGGAGGAAAUAAGGUUAGGAUAGUUCUUAAAUCCAUGAAGAAAGGCAUGUUUAAGAGACCAUCUUAG